AAUCAAUCAAUCAAUCAAUCAAUCCUUCCAUUGAGCUUUGGUCAUAUUGACUGUAUCAUUCCCUUAUUUGACAGCUAUCCCUUUUGCUAACUACAGAACUAGCUAGGCUUAAAAAUCCUAUUCAUCCGUGUUAAUUAAUCAGUAUUUGAUAUAUAGGUUUAUCAAUCAUCAUCAUCAUCAUCAAUCGAAAUCAUAUACUAUCGUUUGAUUGCUACAUAUAUCAUCAUUACUAAUAAUGGAGGAAUUCUUAAGAGAAAGUCCCUUAGACUAUAAUUCAACUCAGAGUACAAGUAGCACAACUACUCCUAAUAAUAAUUAUAAUGCUUUCAAUUCAAGUCAAAAUAAUAAUAAUAAUAAUAAUAAUAAUAACGGCAACACCAACCUGGAUUCUACUGGGUUUGACUUUGAUCUUGAUUAUGAAAACUUUGAUAAUACAAACUUUAACGAUGUUAAAACUAUCAAUACCAAUAACUUGAAUCCCAAUAAUUUUUCCAAUGAUACUUAUAACGCAUUUGAUACUUUAUCAAAUCAAAAUACUCUUGAUGGAAAUUAUUUAAGUCCUUCUAACUCAAAUUUUAAUAACUUCAAUGAUAUUACCAUCUCCAAUAAUCUUAAUCCUGCCAAUUUCAAUAUGAAUACAAAUACUUCAAGUUUUGAUGCUACAAUUGGUAGUGGUUCUAAUUCUUUCACAAAUGAACCAUUCUUUGAUACUUAUGGUACUGGUAAUGAUAAUCGUAAGAGUAUUAGUAAUCAAGCUUUAUCACCUGGUUUACCUCCAACCAUCAAUAUUCAACAACAAAUACAUUUCCCCAAUAAUAAUCAAGCUGGUUUAGAUGAACUAAUAUCACCUCCAAAUGAAGGUACUAGCUUUUUAGAUCCUCAAUAUUUUUCACCUCGUUUAGGUUCAAUUCCUGAAUCAAAUGCUCCACCAGAAUCAAACAUCUUAUCUACAUCAUAUUUAUCACCUCAACAAAAUCAAAAUUUACGUCUUUCAAACUUUGAUUCAAAUGAUUUAGCAUCUCCUAAUCAAGCUAAUUUCUUAAAUUCUCCCCCUCAAUUUCCUCUUAGUUCCAUUCCUUAUGUUCCUCAAGCUGAAUUUAGUACAAGUAUUCCAAUCAAUAGUCAUAUGCGUUCUAAUAAAAAUAAAACUUCAAGUAAUAAUAAUAAUGAUACUUUAUCUCCAUUACCUUCAAGUUCACAAUUAAGUACUUCAGUUCCAUCAAAUUCAAGAGCUUUACUUGACCCAACUCCAACUAAACAAUUAACUAAAGAAGAAAAAACUCAAAGAAGAAAACUAUUUCAUAAUGAAGUUGAAAGAAGAAGAAGAGAAUUAAUUAAACAAAGUAUAGAUAAUUUAAGAUCAAAAGUUCCACCUUCACUUUUAAAUCCUCAAUUAAUUGCAGUUCAAGAAUUACAAAAGAAUUCCGAUUUAAAUUCAAAAGAAAUUAAUGAUUUAUUAAGUUCAAUCAAAGUUAAAGAAACCAAACCUAAUAAAGUUGCAGUAUUAACUAAAUCAGUAGAUUAUGUUAAACAUUUGAAAUAUGUUUUAAGUCAACAAGAACAAGAACUCAAUUUAAUUAAUUCUAGAAUAUUGGAAUUAGAAAAUCAAAUAUCUACAGGUAGAAUAAAUCAAAAUCCAAGAUCAACCAAUAUUAAUCCUAACUAUAAUAAUAAUAACUUUAAUAUAACCAAUGAUUAUAAUCAACCAAUAUUGAAUCAACUUACUGAUUUAAAUAAUACUAAUCUUGGUGAUUUUUCCAAUAUAAAUCCGGCAAAUAAUUUCAAUAAUAAUACUACUUUUAAUACUGAAGAUUACUUUUCAGAUAUCUUAAGUUCAGGAACUACAGGCAACAAUAACAACAAUACAAAUAAUAAGACAUUUAAUAAUAAUUUUGUUUAAUAGAUUCUUUUUUUUUUUUCAUUCUUCAUAUUAUUGCUCGGGGAUUAUAGGAGGUUGUUUGCUUGGGUUGAACUAUUGACAAGAAAUAUUAUUUAUCUAUACUAGUUUUCUAUCAUUCAUUCAGUCGCUUGCUUUUACUUGUUACUUUAGUAUCAUAAUUGUCACGAAUUGGGCUGCAUAGUUUUACUUAUUUAUUGUUUAUUUUCUUUCUUUCUUGUGGUAAUCUUGUUUGACUUAGGCACCACCUUUACCUUUUUUUAUUAUUAUUUCUGGAGCCAUCUUUUAAUUUUUACGGUAUAUAGUCAUUGUAUAGUAAUAAUAACAAUAAUAG